AUGGAAAAUGUAACAAAUUCGAUGAAUCUUCCAGAUAGAGAAAAAUGUAAUUAUUAUAAUCGUACAAGGAAUAGACUUCUCAUUACAGCCUAUGAAGGAAUACCCGAAAAUCUUUUACUCAAUGUUUUGGGAUGUCUUGUAAGUAUAAAUAAUUUAUAUCAUAUUAUUUGUCUACCUAACCAAUACUUUAAAUGUAUGGGCACUAAAGUGUGCAAUAUGUUUUUUAGAUUUUAGUUAUUUUUUUCGCAUUCAUGAGAAAAAGAGCUUGGGAUUAUGGUCGAUUAGCUCUAGUAAACAAAGAUUAUGAAAAGUACGUAUGUUUUCUAUUAACAAGAUAUUUUAAAUAUGCUAUAUAUCUGUUAUUAUUUAUUAAAUACUAUUGUAAAUAUGUAUUUUAUUAUAAAUAUAUUAAAUAUAAUAAUUGCUGUAAGGCUAGAAUUUAUAUGCAAUUGCAUGUUUUUUUUCCUAAAGUCAAAAUUGAUUAGUUGUUAUAUAUGUUCACGAUUUGGCUUAUUCUCGAUUAAAUAGAAUUUGUUUUUUUUGCAUAUUUUAAACAUAAUGCAUAUGCAUUAUUAAUUGAAUAUUUAUAGAUUUUUGAGAAAUCUUGUUAAUUUUUAAACUUAAAUUUAUAAUAUUUUUAAUAUUAAAUGGUAUUUAUUUAAUGGACUAUCAUUAUUGGGUUAUUUUUCCAAUUAUCGUAAAUAUACUACCUAUCUAAUCUUAUUUUUGUUGGACUACCUAUAGAAUUACCUACACAUUUCAUUUAAUUAAUAACAAUAAAGGUAUGGACAUUUAUAUUUAAUAAUUUAAGCCAUUUUAAUAACAGUGCCAUUUUUAUAAACAAUACUUAAAUACAAACAAGCAUACAAAAAAUAUUAAUCUAAAAACAAAAUCUAAACAGUCAUUCAUCAAAAAUACAUUAGAAAACCAAAAUAUAUAGAAAUAAUAAAAAUUUGUUUUAGCAUGUAAAUCCUGGCCCUAAUAAUUAGUAUUAGUAUUAUACUCUGUUCAUUGAAAAAACGCAACUAAGCAGUGACCAAAAACCAGAACCUUGUUCUAUUGGUAAACAAGCUAUAGUUAUUAAAUUGCAUCAAUAAGUUAACAACUGUAUGAGACAAUUUUAGGGGUUAUUUAUAUUUUACAAAUUAAAUAUAUAGAAUUAAAUAAUUGGUUAUUAAUGGACCCCUUUCUGAAAAUAUGUUUAAAAAAAUAAUCAAAAUGUUAACAAAAUUAUCUAAAAACAAAUCAAAAUUGUGUUCAAAAUAUCUAUUUUACUGUAAAAAUUAUUGAAAUAUAUUUUAAUAGGCACAACACUUCUUUGUUAAUUUUUUUUAAAUUUAUUUAUUAGUAUAGAUAUUAUAUUUAUCAGGCUAUCAUAAAUAUUGCAAAAUUAAUUUAGAAUAUAAAUAAAUAUUAAAAAUAUUUAAAGUUGAAGAUCUUAAAUCAUAUUGUGCCCAGAAUUUUCAAAAAUUUGAUAAAAAUGCAAUAAUUUCUAUUAGAAAGUAUAAAAACAUAUGAAGGGCUACAGGGAAAAAUAAUAAUAGUCCAUAUUGCAGUUUUUAAGUUUCAAAACUAUAUUGAAACCCUAUUAAACUGUACAUUUAAACCUUUGUUAUAUCAUUGACAAUUAUCUUGUUUAUUAUUAUUAUUAUUAUUUUUUUUUUUUUUUUUACUAUUAUCAGUUAUCCCCAUAGCCCUUCAUAUAAUAUGACUAAAUGAUAUUAAUGAUAUUAAAAAAUCACCAUAUAAUAUACAAUUCCCUAAAAAUGCAAAAUAAACAUUGUACCAUUAGCUUCUCCAUUUCAUGACACAUUUUUGGGGAUAUAACUAAUAUAAGCAAUAUAUUAGGAUAAAAGAAAAAAGUGUAAAUAUAUAAAAUUCUGAUUAUUCUAGUUAUUAAUUUGAUUAAUAGAGUGAUUGUCUUCAUAUUCUUCAUAUAAGGAUAUUGAAAAUUAAUGUUAAUUUAUUUAAAUAUCAACAUCUUACUUAAUCUGACAUGCAAUAAGAUUUGAGGCUCUUCUUUUUUAUUUUUUAUUUUUUUACUAAUUUUCUACUUUAUUCUAUAAAGCUGGAAUAUAUUUUUUUCUUUUAGAAGGAAAUCAAAAUACAUUUUAUCAAAUUUUCUUGAUAACUAUGAAGUUUUUAAAAAGAAGAAAAAAUGCCUUAAAAACCUUAAAAAUAUCAAAAAAUGUUCUACAAAUAAAAAAUUACUUCACACGUGGAUGGGCCACUGUUGUUGGUGAAGAGUUAGGAAGGUAGUAGAGGGGAAAUUUAAUGUAUAUCUGUAAGCAAUAAUAAACCAUUGCAAAUGAAAAAACUGAUUCUGAGCAGAGUUCAGUUGAUAGUGAUGCAUGUCAACAAUAUAUAUGUCAUAUAAUGGUAAAUACCUAAUUAAAUAGGUAUUAUAUAUUUUCUUUAAUAAUAUUUGUUUAAUAUUGUACCUAUUUUCCCAGGUUCCUCCCAUGCUUUUUCAUUUAUUUGGAAAACUCCUGGAAAAAUCAAAAAAUCACCUCCCUGAAGUAUCUCCCCAGUCAGAUUUCCUUUAAAAAAAGUGCUAUCAUUGUAAAUCUGAGCAAAAUUGCUGGUAAAAAAGUUGUUCACAGAUUAAAAAAAAAAACAUCAUUGUAAAACCAGAAGUUUCUUCACUCCACUUAGAAUCUAAAAUUCAAAAUAAAAGUUUUAUAUUUUAAUUCUUUGAUAUAUAAAGCAAGUUUUUUGCUUGGAAAGCAUUGCUUUAGGAUAUUUAGAACAAAUUUAAUUUGCAUUAUAAUCUGCACCCUUAUUAUUAUACUUUAAAUAUCAUGAUUACUUAAAUUAAUAAAGUUUUAUUAACACUGGUAUAAUAAUGAUGGCAUAUUAAAGAACCUCAUAUUGUAUUUAUUCUUUAAGUAUUUAUUAAUUUGUUUCAAAUUUGUUUGAUUAGGUGGUCUCGUAUAUUUUAUGGUACAACUGAUGAAAAUUCAGAAAGUAACAUUGAAGAUGGAAAUUCUACUACUACAUUGGACAAUUCAAUGCCUGUAGACAGAGGUCUUUUUUCCUGGUUUUUAACAAUUAUUCAACUUAGGUUGGUUUAACACAUUUAAAAUCUAUGCAUUUUUUUUAUUUACCCAUUUAAAUAAAGGAAACAUUUUUUUAAUUUUAUGGAAUUAUUUUAGAGAUGAAAAAAUUUUGCGUAAAUGUGGUUAUGAUGCUGUUCAAUAUUUAUCGUUCCAAAGACAUAUAAUGGUGUUAAUGGCUAUAAUUACUGCAGUUUCCUUGGGUGUUGUUUUGCCAAUAAAUUUUGCUGGUGAACAAGAAGGUGAUGAAAGAUCGUUUGGUCAUACUACAGUCAGUAAUCUUCGAGCUGAGUAAGUUUUUUUUACAGAUAUUUUAGCAUUUUGCUUUAAUAAAAUCACCAUUAUUUUAUUACUAAUAUAAAUAUUUAUUAAUGAAUAAGUAAAUUUAUAAUAAAUAAUUUUUAUCUUAUAAUUGUUAUCUUAGGUUAUUCACAAAAUCUUGGGUCUUGGGUAACUCAAAUAUUAAUAAUACUGAAAUUUUUAAAUAAUAAAUUACUUUAUAAUGAUCUGUAAUACAGUAGUAUACAGUAGUUAACUUCUAUAAACUCUUUUAAAAUUUGAUAUCAGAAAUAAUAAUUAUUUUUUGUUUGUUUUAUGAUUUAACUUUAUGCUAAUAAUUAGCAUAAAGUAUAAUAAUAAGUAUUAAAUUAUUUAAAACAUUUUAGAUUCUGAGUGUAGUGAAAAAUAUAUUGCUUUUACAAAGUUUUUUAUUUUUUUUUUAUAUACUGUGUACAAAAAUUUUGCUCUAAAAUAUCAAGUAUAGCACUAUUUUUGAAAGGAAAUCUGACUGGGGUGGUACUUUAAGAAUGUCUCAUUUAUAGAUUUUUUCCAAUAAAUAGGAAUAGUGGGGAAAAUAGAUACAAUAUUAAACAAAUAUUAUUAAAGAAAAUAUGUAAUGCAUAUUAAUUAUUUUACCAUAAUAUGACAUACAUAUAUUGUUGACAAAGUAACACUAUCAACUGAAUUACACUCAGAAUCGGUUUUUUUUGUUAGUAAUGGUUAAUCUAGAUUUACAUUUAAUUUCCCUUCUACCUUCCAACUUCUCACCUACAACAAUGGCCUACCCAUGUGGGAAGUAUUUCUGAUUUUUAUUUUUUAUUUCUUUGAUAAAGAGUAUUGAUGCUUAAAAUAAAUUAGUCAUUAAUUUGACUUUAAAAAUAAUUGGUUUCUAGUUCACCGUGGCUAUGGGUGCAUGUAACUAUUGCAAUGUUAUAUUUUCCAUUAACCAUUUUCAUUAUGAGAAGAUUUUCUGUGAAUCUUAAACUGGAAGAAAAUGGAGAAUGUUGGUCACGUACAUUGAUGAUUACAAAUAUUCCUAGGCGAAAUUCUCACAUUAAUGAUUUGGACAAGCAUUUCAAGUUGGUUUUUAUAUUAUUUGUAUUUAUUUAGUUUUAAUCACCAUGUAUUUGAUGUUAUCAAUGUAUGAAAUUUAAUUUUAGAGAAGCAUAUCCUGAAUGUGAUGUGGAAAAUAUUCAGCUCGCUUAUGAUGUCAACAAAGCUAAUGAAUUGGAUAGAAAUAUGUAAGUAUUAUAUUAAUUAUUUUUUACAUAUAUUGAAAUUAUUAUUGUAUAGGAAUACUGCAGUACAAGCAAAGCAAUAUUGUGAAAAUUAUUUGAAAACUGUGGGGGAACGUCUUACUGUCCAACCUCAUACCUGUGGUUACAUUUGCAUUGGUUGUGGUUUCUGUACUUCUAAUAAUUUAGAUGCUAUUGAUUAUUAUUCUGGAGAAGAAUCACGAUUAAAAGCAGAAGUAAGUUGCCAUUAAUAACUUAUUGAAUGUUUGAUAAUCUAGUAAAUAGAAAUAAUUAAUUAUUCAUUUUGUAAAGAUAGAUUGUCCAUAUUAUAAAAAUUUUAAAAUAUUGAAUAGAUUUUCCCAUAAUUCUGUUAUGACAAAAUCAAACCAUUUUGCCCUUCUAGCUUUUUAUUGUUCAUCUUUAGAAUUAUAAUUAUUGUUUUAAUGUUCAUGUAAACAUUUUUUUAAUAUUAAUAGGUAAUAUAAUAUUUAAAUUUUCAGUUCUGAUAUUAAUGAAUAAUGUGGAAUAAUAUACCAGUAGUUUAAUAAUUAGGUAAUUUUUAAAAUAAUUUAAACAGUUCUGUGAUAAACACCGAAGGUACACUAAGCACACCUAACAAAAAGUUUGCUCAGCAAACCCAUUGAGAUGGAGUGUGUACUUAUGUGAUUUAAAAUUUUUCUGCGUGUGUGGUCAGCCAAUGAUUGUUCAUAUUUAUAAUCAGACCUGAACCAUUUUAUACAAAUCUAAUAGAUUAAUUUAUAUAUUUCUGUGACAAAUAAAUAGCCAAUGAUUAGUGAAGUAAAAGGUCUGAGUUGAUGAAACUUUUCUCUGGUUGUAUCUACAAUUAUCUGUCUUGAAAAGUUAUUUAAUUCUAUAGAACAGUACAGUUUUAUUCAUAGAUAAUGAUUUUCAGAAAGAAAAACUUGCCUAUUAAAUGUUAUACAUUAAAGUAAUUGUGCAUAUGCAUUUAAUGUCCAAGCAAGAACAAGAUCAACCUGUGAUAGUAAUCAUUAUACUAUGAUCACGAAACUAGAUGAGGCUAUUUAUAUUAAAAUACACUAAAACAAUGUCCUAUUAGAUCUAACUGGCAGUUAAAUUUGCUAACUAAUGCUGAAUCAUGGUUAAUGCUAACCAACACUUUAUUUUCCUUUUAUGAAUACAAUUUAUGAAUCAUUUUUAUGUUCAAAUACUCGAAUAUUUUAAGUCUACUAUUUGUUGUGGAUAAAAUAAAAUAUUUUGUAUAUAAUACUCAUAAAUAAUACUUCUUAUAUUUUUGUAUUAAACCAAUGAGAAGAUGUAUGGAUAUAAAUUUGUUUAGUCAUUCUGUCUUCCAAUUUUUUUUUGGUGGAGGAACUAUAAUUAAAUUAUUUUUAUCCAUCUAAAAUUUAUAUUUUGGGUAUACCAAAUAAUGUAUUGAUUUUACAAAGAUGUUUAUUUUCUUUUUAAUGUAUGUACAAAUUUGUGUAAAAAAUUCAACCAGAUUUGCUUAGAUAUAUACAUGCAGCACCAUUUCUGAAAGGGAAUUAUGUCCAGAUGGUACUUUUGGGAGGACAUUUUUUUGAUUUUCCAAGCUGUUUUCAUAAUGUCUGGGAAACCCCAGGAUAAACCGUAUGAAACCGAAAAAUUUACGAAAAUAAUGCUUUUAUUAUUUUUCAAUUUUGUUUUUUAUUGUAAUUUAGUUUAAAAUAUUUCUAGAGACUUGAAAUUUAGAAAAAAAACUGAUAUUUUCCUUUUCUAAACUUGGUAAAAUUUUCAAAAAAUUUAAGCCAUUUUUGAGGUAUUUAUAGUAUAAACAUUUUAAUUUUAAUUAAGGGGUUUUUUACAUAAUAUUUAUUCAGUAGGUACUAUGUGGUAAAACACAACUUAAACAGAAAUGCUUCAAAAUUUAACAGAAAGUUCAUUAAGAGUCUUACUUUGUGGUUAAAAAUAAAAAUGAGUUAAAUGUAGUAGUAUUUUUUUUUAAUAAGGGAAUUUAUCAAAUUUUGACGAAAAAGUUACAACAAAUCUAGUAUUUAAAUUUUUUUUCUUAAACAUAUUUAUAUUGCCAAUUUUAGAAUGAUGGUAAAGUCAAAAUUGAACAGACUGACCAAGUCUCGAAAUUGUAGUUUUUUGAAGUUCUGAUAUUAUGCGGAUAUUAUAUGAUAUGUUAAAUAACUAAAUAUUGUCUUUUCUGGAGUAUGUUUGUCCUAGCUGAAUGGUUAUAUAUACCUAACCAAUGUUUCAAAGAAAAUAAAUACCUAAACAAGGAAAAAAUUAAUGCAUUUUGGGUGUACCUAGAGACCCAAGCCAUUGCUACCUUGGGUUAUUUUAAUCUCAAAAUACCCCUCGAUUUGUUGUGCAAACUUUUCUACCAGAAUUCUCGCCCUAAUGUAUCAAGUAUAGCAUAUUUUCUUGAAGGAAAUUUCAUCUCUAUGGUCACUUAGAGAAGUCUUUUUUUGUUUUUCAAACAGUUUUUAUAAUACCUGGGAAAAACGGGAUAAAAUGUUGGAAAAACAGAAAAUGUUUGAAAUGUAAGUAUUAGUUAAACAAUAGUAUAGCCUUUUUUUUUUAGCCUGUGUACAACUUUUCUACCAGCAAUUUUGUUCCGAUUUAAAAUGAUAGAACUUUUUCUGAAAGAAAAUCUGACUAGGAAGGUACUUUAGGGAGGUAAUUUUUUGAUUUUCCUAGAAGUUAUCCCAAUAAAUGGAAAAAAAACAUGGGAAAAUUGGUACAAUAUUAAUCAAAUAUUAUUAAGGAAAAUAAAUAAUACCUAUUUAAUUAGGUAUUUACCAUUCCAUUAUAUGACAUAUAUAUUGUUGACAAUGCAUCACUAUCAACUGAACUCUGCUCAGAAUCAGUUUUUUCAUUUGUAAUAGUUUAUUAUUGCUUACAGAUAUACUUAAAUUUCCUCUCUACUACCUUAACAACUUCUCACCAACAAUAAUGGCCCACCCACAUGUGAAGUAAUUUUUUAUUUGUAGAACAUUUUUUGAUAUUUUUAGGUUUUUAAGGCAUUUUGUCUUUUUUCUUCAUUGUUAUCAAGAAAAUUUGAUAAAAUGUAUUUUGAUUUCCUUCUAAAAGAAAAAAAAUAUAUUCCAGCUCUAUGGAAUAAAGUAGAAAAUUAGUAAAGAAAAAUUUUAAAAAAAGGAGAACCAUGAUAAACCAUUGCUUACAAAUAUAAAUUAAAUUAUCUUUAACAGUAGCUAUGCCUGUCACUAUUAUCCUAGGAUAUCUUUUUAAAUUUACUUAUAUAAAUAUAUAUUUAUUUAUUUUAGUUAGAAGCAGAAAAAGAAUCUGCUAAGAGGAGACCUUUAGGUAUAGCAUUUGUAACUAUGACAACAAUUCAUGCUGCCAGACUUAUUUAUCAAGACCAUAUCUAUAAGUUAUCAAAGUGUGGUCGUCAUAAUCCACCAACGAGUUCAGUAUCUGGUCUUCUUCAACCAUACCGCUGGCGAGUUACUUUCGCUCCUCCACCUGAUGAUAUAUUUUGGUAAAUCUUUUUAUAAUAAAUUUAACAACAUAUUUUAUUAUCAGUAUUAAAUAAUAUACCUAUAAAUAUACAUUCAUCAUUUGAAAUUAAAUUUUCUGUUUCAAAAUCUGUUACUUUAUUUUUUUAUUUUUUUAAAAAAUUACUAUGGGUACGAAACAUUUAAACCACUAUCUUUUUCUUAUUUAUUACACCUGAUUAAUUUUUAUGACUGCACCAUUUACAUUUGCAAAUUUUUAUCCUGUUAAAUAAAGUUCUAUUAGGUUUUCAUUGUAAAUUAUUUAAAUUUUAUUUAUACAAAAAAACAAUAAAUAUAUAAUUAUUUUUUUUAAUUUUAAAUCAGGAUAUUUUUUUUCUUGAUUAUGUUAACCAUUUAUUUUUUUGUAUACAAAUGUUCUUAGAUUUAUUUGACAAAUUAUUAAUAUUUUUUUUAAUUUUAUUUUUUAGGGAAAAUCUGACUGAACCAUCUCACAAUCGAUAUUGUAAAAUUGUAUUGACUAAUUCGUUUUUAAUUAUAAUUUUAUUCUUUUUGACAACUCCUGUCAUUGUUUUGAAUGUCAUGGAUACUCUGAAACUUAGAGAAAUUGAAAAAGCUGUGAGUAAAUAUAUUAGGAUUCUUCCAAUAUUUAAUACAAUAAUAUUUAUACCUACUUUCAUUGUAAUAAACGUUAUUUUACAGAGUCCUAUAUUAUCAGAAUUUAUGCCUACAUUAUUAUUGUGGACAUUUGCUGCAUUAUUACCUGUCAUUGUUAUAAGGUCUGAUCAAUGGCUUAGCCAUUGGACGAGGUCUAAAAGAAACCAUUCCAUAAUGCGCAAGACAUUUGUUUUUCUCCUUUUCAUGGGUUUAAUAUUGCCAUCUUUUGGAUUGACAAGGUAAAGUAUCUCAAUGUGAUCAAAAUGUCAUGGUUUUUUUUUGUAUAAUUCUUAAUUGUUUAUUGAUAAAUUUAGUGCUCAAGCAUUUUUAGAGUUUGCAUUUCAAGCUGGAAUUCAAACAUAUCGUUGGCAAUGUGUGUUUUUACCUGAUAAAGGAGCAUUCUUUGUGAACUAUGUUGUUACAUCUGCUCUUAUUGGAACCAGCUUGGAACUAAUACGAUUUCCUGAGUUAUUUAUGUAUGCUCUCAGAUUGGCAUUAUCAAGGUAUACACUAAAUUUUUUAUUGAGUAAACAUAAUUUCCAUUAAUUUUAAUAAUUAUUUAAUUUUAGAUAACUAAGUAUAUUAUAGUUUUUAAUUAAUAUAUACAUGUAAUUACAGGUGUAUUUUUAUUACUAUUAUUUUAAAAUUGUAUUUUUAAAAAAAAAACUGGCAUACUUAACACAUAGGUGGGCCACAGUUGUAAAUGAGAAGUAGAGAAGGUAGAGGGGAAAUUUAAUAUAAUAUAUCUUUACACAAGAAUUAACCAUUGUUAACAAAAAAAUAAUUCUGAGAGGAAUUUCUCUAAUAAUGUUGCUUUAUCAACAAUAUAUGUGUCAUACUAUGGUGAAAUAAUUACAUAAUAUGCCUUAUUUAUUUUCUUUAAUAAUAUUUGUUUAAUAUUAUACUGAUUUUCCAGUUUUAUUGAAAAAACCCCUGGGAAAAUCAAAAAAAGACCUCCAUAAAGUACCACCCUAGUCAGAUUUUUUCUUUCAGAAAAAGUGCUGUCAUUUUAAAUAUGAACAAACUUGCUGGUAGAAAAGUUGUUCACAGAUUAAAAAAUAAUAAUAAUAAAAUAAACAUCAUUGUAAAAUCUUUACAUUCCUCACUCCACGCUGAAACUAAAAUGAUGAGAUUAAAUUGAAGGACUGGGUGCAAGAAAGGCAUUUUCACAGAAAUGCCCUUUUUGCUUAAAAUAUUUUUUGAACUCAGUGACCUUUAUUCUAUAUGUGUAUAAAAUUGUAAUAAUUGAGCACUGUAGAAGAAUUAUGUGAUUGUGUGUAAAUGCCUUUCUUGCAUACUAUGUAUGUUAUAUUUUUAAAUAAUAUUGUUUUAUUUUUUAAUGAUUUAAACAAAAUAUGGUAGAUAACCUAGUUUUUUUAGAAAUCGUUAUAGAUUAAUAGGUUUGGUAAAAACCAUUCUUAAACUAUUAUCAGUAGUCUCGUGUUUUCUUUGCAAUGUUUUACACUUCUUAACUAUUAAGUAUUAAUCAAUUUGUAUUUUUGUUAAGUGAUAAUUUAUUAUUUUGUUAUUUAUUAUUAUGUUUAUAUUAAUAAAAAUUAUGAAUAAAUUUAUAAAAUUCAAGUUCUUUAAUCAUUUUAAUUGAAAUAGAACAGAUAAUUACUGUUUAAUGCAAGAAGGGCAUUUUCAUGAACAAAUAUCUCUUUUAUUUAAACUUUAGUGGACACAAAGAAAAACAAAACAAAGACAACUAUUUUCUUUAAUAUUUGUUCUUUCAUAUAGCACAAAUUUUAUAAUCAUGUGAGCAAAUUUAAAAGAGUGUCACAGUGUUUGAAAUUUUAAUUUUGUUUAUGUCAAAACAUGUUUUUCUAGAAAUUUCCCUUCUUGCACCUAGCUCUUCAAUUAUGUGAUUAGACAAAUGAUUAUAAAAAUUAUCUGUCUAUAUUCUAACACAGAAUAUUUGAAUUAUCUAUAUUUUUUCUUUUGAGUAAUCAAGCUUUUCCACUGAUUGAGAUUCUGCUGUAGUUAAAAUGAAACUAUAUUAUAUCAUCUUUCACUUGAAAAAUCCUAUAACAUACUAAAAUCUGAAUUUUUAGGAAACAUGAUAAACAUUUUAAAAAAAUCAAAAAUUGUCAAUAAUUGACUGAAAUAAAUUUUUCAAUUAUAAUACUACAAAACUAUUUCUUCUAAAAAGAAUUUAAGUAAAAACUUAAUAUUUAUGGUUAAUAUAUUGUAUAAAUUUUCAAUAUUUCAUCACAAAUGUGAUUUUACUAGUUAAAAUGUUUUGCCUAAAUCAAAUAGGAGGUUUUUCAAUUUUACAUAGAAAGUUUUCUAAUGACAGUUAAUGUCAUAUAGGAAUGUUACUAUUUUUAAUCACAUAUAAGGUAUUUCAAAAACUGUUCAGCGUAGGUAACACAUUACAGGUUUUGUUUUUUAUUUUUCAUUAAUUCUUUCAUGAAGAUAACACAAAAGAUAUUAUCAUAUGAUAGCUUAUUUGUAGGGGUUACCUAAACCCUAAAAUCAAUAAAUUAGCCAAUGAUUAGUAAAGUAAAAGGUCUGAGUUAAUGAACCUGGUCUCAGGUUGUAUUUAAUUAUUUAUUUUGAUUUAUCGUUUAAUUCUAUGGAAUAUUAAAGUUAAAUUCAUAGAUAAUGAUUUUCAGAAAGAAAAAACUUGCCUACUAAAUGUUAUUCAAUAAAGCAAUUUGUAUAGGCAUUUAGUAACUAAGCAAGGACAAGAAUAACCUGUGAUUGGAAUCAUUACACUAUGAUCACGAAACUAGAUGAGGCUAUUUUUUAUGUGCAAUAUUGAGUUUAUUAUUUGCCUUAAAUAAACUGAAAUUAUUUUUUUUUGCAUCUUGAUUACUAAAGCUAUUAUCAGUUAGGAAAAUGUUGUUUGUGGAACUUUAAUUAAAUACUUAUUACUAUUUUAAAAAUUAAUCAAUACAUUAAUUUAUUUGUAUACAUAACAUUUUCUGAAAUAAUUUGCCUAGUGAUUUUUUUCUACAUUUAUAUGGUAAAAACCCACCCAUUGUGAGAAAUGAACAUAAUAUUAAUAUAAUAUAUAUUAAGGAUAUUAUUUUUUAAUUACAAUACAUACAAUUGUUUAUGUUUAAUCCUAUUUACAUAAAUGGAACUUGUCUAACUAUUAUCUAAUUUUUCUUUUUUUCUUUCUAGAUCAAAAGCAGAAUCUCACAGUGCCAGAAGAUUGAUUCUUUGGGAAUUUCCAUUUGGUGUUCAGUAUGCUUGGAUGUUACUUAUAUUUUCAAUUGUAACUGUUUAUAGUAUUGCCUGUCCUCUUAUUACCCCUUUUGGUACAAAAAUACAAAAAUAACAUCAAACAUUGUGUAAAAAUAUUAAUGAUGGUUUUUUUCCUUUUUAGGUCUUUUGUAUAUGGUUACUAAACAUUUUGUUGAUCGAUAUAAUAUAUAUUUUGCUUAUGGCAAAUCAAAAAUUAGUAAACGUAUACACAGUACAGCUAUAAAUUGUGUUAUGGUUUCUAUAGUACUUUUACAAGUCAGUUUCACUUCAUUAUCAAUGGUGCGUCAUGGGCUUCAUGAUAUAACUAUAUUUGCUUUGGUUGGACUGGUGGUCACAUUGACAUUUACAUUAUCCCAAUGUUUUUUCCGACAUUGUACUGCAUGGAGUCCUAUACAAUAUCAAGUAAUCAAAUUUUCCAAUACUAAUAGGAAAUUUUAAAUUAUUUUUAAAAUACCUGUUUAUCUAAAUAGGCAAGAAAUCCAUGUACAGUUCAGCCUAGUCCAGCUAGAAGACGUGAUCAUUCACAUGACAGUGACUACAUCCCUGAAGUACUACGUCCAUCUUUGAGAUCUACAGCAGAAACUUCUCUGAUUACAUUGACACUUAAUGGUUCUGGCACAGCAUUGAAUGAUUUAGAAAUUGAAUUGAAACAUAAUGGUGAUGAGAAUAAAUCAAUUAAUCAUCAUCCCCAUACUACAGUUAUUAUAGAAUCUCAAAAUCACUGUGAUCAACUAUACCAGAAUUACGACUAUAGUCAAACAGUUCCUGUAUAAUAAGGUAAAAGAAAUAUACCUAAUUGAUGUUUUUCAGUUGGUAAUAAUAAAUUAAUAUCAAAGAAGAAAAUAAAUACAAUAUACAUGUAUGAAAUAAAAAAAUAUGAAGAAUAAGUGGCCUGUAAUAUAAUUAAAUACUAAUAUAAAUUAAUAUAAUAUGUUGGUGAAUUAACAUAAUUCAGUUAAAUAUUUUUCCCUCUGUUGUGCCUAUAACUUGAUUAUAAUUGUUUAAAUCUAAACAACCAGGCUAAGAUUAUCUUUAUAUUAUUUAUUUCAUGUAUAUACAGUAAGUUCCCGUUACAACAAACUCCAUGGGACCGAUUUUAUUACGGAAAUUUCGAAUAAAUAUAGUUCAUAAUAUGUUGAAAUGUUGUCAUCUGCACUGAGAUAAUCUUUUAAAUUUACAUCAUCAAGAAGCUUUUUCAAGAAGAAGUUUUCUUUUUCGCAGUGAUCCAAAUUUGCUCUAACUCAGAUUGUUAAGUGCCCUGUGUAUUUGAUUCAUCAUAUUCGGCCACUUCUGAAACCGAAUUGGUGUCUUUGGUUGUGGUUGCGUAUUUCCAACAGUUAGUUAUCGUUGAUUGACUGAUAUCAUCCCAAACUCCACAUAUCCAUUCGAUAGCUUCCUUCACCUGCAUAUUCUUUGGAUAUUUAUCUCCAAAUAACAAAAAAUUUCUUUCGCUUGAUUUUACAGCUCUGAUGAUACCUUGUUCAAGAGGUUGAAGUGCAGCUGGGCAGUUAGGUGGGAAAUAUUCCACACGAAUGUUAUCCAAUUUUUGUGGUUCAUUUUAGAGCACAGUUGUCGAUAAGAAGAAGAAUUUUCCUGUUCUUUUUUAUUUCUUUGUCGAAAUCUAUCAACCAAUCAUUAAAAAUUAUUUGAGUCAUCCAUGCUUUCUUGUUAAAUUUAUAGAUGCAUGACAGUGAUUUACAGUUUUUAAAAUGAGAUUUUGCGGAUUUGCUGAUGAUGAGAAUUUUUCAUUUCUCUGUUUUGUUACAACAAAACAGAACAAUGAUGCUUUGUUUGGAAGCUUUACCCCCUACACACUUGUCUCCUUUCUGGGCUAAUCUCCUUUUUGAUUCAAGCUGAAAAAACACUCCAGCUUCAUCCGCAUUAAAGACAUCGUUUGGGCUGUAUUUAUUGAUGAGUGCUGCAAUUUCUCCGUUUCGCCAUUCGUUAACAGAAUUUAUUGGAACAUCACUCGCCUCUCCAGAAAUGCAUUUGGUUACCACACCAUACCACUCACGGAAACGAUUUAACCAUAUGACACUUGCUUGGAAAUUCUCAACUUCGAGCAUUUUAGCAAAUUCUAAGGCUUUUUCUUGAAUUAAAGGACUGGUCAGAGGAACGUUUCUGGAACUAACAUCUUGAAAUCAUUUGAAUACAUUUGAAUAUCAACGUUUUCAAAUUGUGCCUUAUGCACCGUUUUUUUGCUCGGGACAAAAACAGAAGUCUGUAGUUGUUUCAAGAUGCUUUCUUGGUCCUUCAAAAUGGUUGACAAUGUUGAUAGAGAUAUGCCAUACUUUUUUGCCACCUUGCCUUUCUUCAAUCCUUUGUCUACUUUAGAAAUAAUGUUUUUCUUUUCUUCCAACAAAAAUUGCUUUCUUUUCACUGUUAGGACCCAUCAUGUACAUGUGUACAAUAAAGAACGAACAUAAAAUACGAUAAAUGACCAACGUGUGAGCUUUAUGAAAAUAUACACCUGAUUGAUUAUGCGUUAACACAUAAUGGCAAUUUAAUGAUUUUACAAUUUCAUUAAAUUGUGUGCUUGUUAUCUUUAGAUUAAAUUUUAAGAAGGGAAAAUAUAUUUUAACUUGUAAAAAUAGUUCCUUAUAACUGGAUUUUUCAUUAUAUCGGCAUUUGUUGUAAUGGAACUUACUGUGUAUACAUAUACAUUUUUUUUUAUUAUUAUUAAUAUCUAUUGAUUGUUGUUUUACAGAUUAUGUUCCAUUUUUAUUUUCAUUGUUUUUAA